UCCCGCAGUGUACACAACUAUACCCCCAAGGUUGGAGAGAUUGAUACGAGGAGAGCCAUUCGUCAGGCCUUUGAUGUUUGGCAGAGAGUGACACCACUUACCUUUGAAGAGGUCCCAUACCAUGAAAUUAAAAAUGACAGGAAGGAGGCAGAUAUUAUGAUAUUUUUUGCUUCUGGUUUCCAUGGAGACAGCUCUCCGUUUGAUGGAGAAGGUGGAUUCUUAGCUCACGCUUACUUUCCUGGACCAGGAAUAGGAGGAGAUACUCACUUCGAUUCAGAUGAGCCGUGGACCCUGGGAAAUUCCAACCAUGAUGGGAACGACCUCUUUCUGGUGGCAGUCCACGAGCUGGGACACGCGCUGGGUCUGGAGCACUCCAAUGAUCCCAGUGCUAUCAUGGCUCCUUUCUACCAGUACAUGGAGACGCACAACUUCAAACUGCCGCAGGAUGACCUCCAAGGAAUUCAGAAAAUCUACGGUCCUCCUGUUGAGCCCCUGGAGCCAACCAGGCCUUUACCGACUCUUCCUGUUCGCAGAAUUCACUCCACUUCAGAAAGAAAACACGAGAGACAGCCAAGACCUGCCAGUCCUCCUCUGGGUGACAGGCCAGCUCCUCCUGGCACAAAACCAAACAUCUGUGAUGGCAACUUUAACACCGUGGCUCUCUUUAGAGGAGAAAUGUUUGUUUUCAAGGAUCGCUGGUUCUGGCGUCUGCGCAACAACCGAGUGCAGGAGGGAUACCCCAUGCAGAUCGAGCAGUUCUGGAAGGGCCUCCCUGCAAAGAUCGAUGCAGCCUAUGAGCGGUCUGAUGGGAAAUUCGUCUUCUUCAAAGGAGAUAAAUACUGGGUUUUCAAAGAAGUGACGGCAGAGCCAGGCUACCCACACAGCCUGGUGGAGCUGGGCAGCUGUCUGCCCCGGGAAGGCAUCGACACGGCUCUGCGCUGGGAGCCGGUGGGCAAAACCUACUUCUUCAAAGGCGACAGGUACUGGAGGUACAACGAGGACAAGAGAGCAACAGACCCAGGCUACCCAAAGCCCAUCACCGUGUGGCGAGGAAUCCCGCAGGCUCCGCAGGGAGCUUUUAUCAGCAAAGAAGGCUUUUAUACCUACUUCUACAAAGGGAAGGAUUAUUGGAAGUUUGAUAACCAGAGGCUGAGUGUGGAGCCAGGCUACCCCAGGUCAAUCCUCAAAGACUGGAUGGGCUGUAACCAGAAGGACGUCGAACGAAGCAAAGACAGACGCCUGCCCCACGACGAUGUGGAUAUUAUGGUGACAAUAAACGAUGUGCCUAGCACUGUAAAUGCAAUCGCAGUGGUGAUCCCUUGCAUUUUGUCUCUGUGUAUCCUUGUCUUGGUAUACACGAUCUUCCAGUUUAAAAACAAAGAGGUGCAGCAAAACGUUGUGUAUUACAAAAGACCUGUCCAGGAGUGGGUAUGACACAUUUCAACUCAUUGAGCUGAUGAGGACUGUGGACACAAAAAAAAAAAAAAAGAAAAA